AUGCACGUCUGCAAGACAGGGCCACCGUCAUCAGCGGUGCCGCAGCAGGAGGGCGAGUCGGAGGAUGUCACGGAGCGCAUAGGUGGGCGAGAGCGGACCAUACCGGUGUGUGCGCUCAUGUCCCUCACCACCAUGGCGUGCAAAGACGCCGUGUCGUUCGUUCGCCGCUACCGCCUUCCCCGCACGCAACCAGAUGGCUCCACCGCAUACGGCCACGCUCUCCUCGCCGUCAGCGUAGCGUCACGAACGCGCGCCCGUCUGCACGUCAUCGCCACCAUCGUGGGCGAGAGCGGACGUAGGGGGGGUCGUUUGCACACACCAGUUCCGUCGUCCUCCUCUCGGUUGACCACCCCAGCGAGUUCUACUGGCCUUGAAGACCCGCGCGCGAGCCCACGCAAGGCCACUCAUGCCCGUCUAGGCCUCGAACGUCUUCGCAUCCUUGUACAGCCAUCCGACGACUCCACCGCGUACGGCCACGGUAUCAUCGCCGUCAACGUAGCGUCGCGAAUGCGCGCACGUCUGCACGCCAUCGCCACCGUCGUCAGCGGCGUCUCAGGAGCGCGAGUCGUUCGUGAUCAGGGAGCGCGUAGGUGGGCCAGAGCGAACGUAGGUGGGGUUGUUUGCACACGUCAGACAAUCCCCCCUCGUUCGACCACCCCUGCACACGCUGCCGACCUCGACGACCCGCUCACAGGCCCACACUCCGCGGAUCGCCCUCUAUUGUCGGCUUACACAACGGCCAGCCGCCCGCUUACGCGUGCUUCAACACCAUGGCGUGAAAAACCGUCUAUUCUCCACCGACCCCACGCCCAACACGAUGCGUCAAUCGUGCAGGCCAGCCCCAUCUGCCGUCCACUCUCUCAUCCGAUCACCAUGGCUCACGAGCGCGCGAACGCAUACAAGAGAUGGCAACUCGGCGACGGCGACACUGCAGGAGACAGGCAGAUGGAGUGGAUACUGUGGGAGGGGUACCACAGCGCCAUCGGCUGA